UUUCAUCUCUCUCAUCUCUCUCAUCUCAUCUAUCAUUCUAAAAUGCGCGUCUACGUCGGCAAGCUCAACAGCACGUCCAACACGGCGGACAAGUCCUCCAAGACGGCCGUGGACGAGGUCAUCUCCUUUGCCUUUGACGGCGGUUUCCGCGAGGGAUCCACGGCUGUCCUGGUCGGGCAGUGGACCAAGAGCUACGAGGGCCAUCCCAAGGCCAACUACAACUGGUCCGGCACCAUCACCAAGUACGACCAGUCCUCUGGCGAGAUUGAGAUCUUCACUGGCGAAGAUACUUACUAUUGUUUCACUGGCAAUGUGUCUGGAAACACAAUGAAGCUGGACAUGUUCAAGCAGGAGAACCGGUCCGAGUAUGGUUCUGCAGAGCUGCAGCUGAAGUUCACCGAGUAA